GGAGUGUCAGAUAUAAAAUAUGAUAAAUAUAGCAGAAGAUUGAUUGAACUUGAGAGGACACAUAUUGGUGUUGAUUUGAUGAUGGCAUUGGAACAUCCCAAUCCUACAGCUGUUAGUGAUCUGCCGGGAUUUCCUUCUGAAUUUCAGGAUCUACUCUUAAAGCAUGGCUGCCAUAUCAUUACCAAAUCUUGUCACGUCAAUCACUCCCCACACCCAUCCUGCUGGUUUAUCUCCUUCGCACGAAUGGAGCUUGAGCUGAUGAAAAACAUGGAUGAACACCAUAAGUAUUGUUACAAAAUAUUAAAAGCACUUCUCAUUGAAGAAAUUAACUUGUCCGGAAAGUGUAUGAAUUUAUCUUCAUAUGUUUUGAAAACAGCUUUUCUAUUUCAUUUUUAUGGAGAAAAUAAAUGCACUCAUUCUCGCCUGGACAUUACCUGUAUAAACAGUGUUUUAGACUAUAUGUCAUCGUGUUUUCACAAAAUUCGAAUGCCAUGUUUCUUUGCAAGAGACAUGAACGUCUGGGGCCACGUCUUGGAAUUCCCAUGCUUUGGGUGGGGAUGGCCAGGACUUUCUUUAAUUGGCGGUCGAUAUCAAAAGUUUGCCCUGUUGUGGAUAAAGUUCUGGUACAGAAUCGUUCAGUUUGUCAAAUCAACUCUUUCGGAAGAAAAGAUACCUAAAAUGGAUGAUUGGAUCUCUGCUACUGACAAAUUUGAUUACAUGAAGAGAACAAUAUAUUAUCUAAUUAAUAGGUACCUCAGUAAUGAGGAAGCCGUAAAGGGCGCACUCACAAUUCAGGAACUGGCGGAAGUUAAUCUGGAUUCUUGCUCUGAUGAAGAUUUUGCUACAUAUAUCAAGGAAUUGCAGAACAAUUACAAUAUCAAACUUGAUUUCUUAUUGACUGAUAAUAGACAUUGAAUACAAACAAAUGCUCACAAAAGAUGGAAUCAUGACGACACGUGGAAAAUUAAUUUAAAGAAAAACUCCCACUUGUGUAUGUUAAAAGGUGUGGAGUGUCAGAUAUAAAAUAUGAUAAAUAUAGCAGAACAUUGACUGAACUUGAGAGGACACAUAUUGGUGUUGAUUUGAUGAUGGCAUAGGAACACCCCGACC